CACGCUCGUGCUCGCAGGAAGAGCUUUGCCACGUCGCGGCAGAGAAGCAUGGAAACUCCGCCCACUGCCCCUACACAGCCAUUCCGACAACCUAGUUUUCUAAGUCGCCGUCUGAAAGGAUCAAUUAAACGAGCAAAGAGCCAACCCAAACUCGACCGUACAGGAAGCUUUCGCCACAUGAUCCUCCCACGAUUCCGCAGCGCUGACCAGGAGAGGACGCGUCUCAUGCAGAGCUUCAAGGAAUCUCACUCUCAUGAGUCCCUGCUGUCUCCCAGCAGCGCGGCCGAGGCUCUGGACCUCACGCUGGACGAGGAUGCCAUCAUCAAACCCGUCCACUCCAGCAUCCUCGGCCAGGAGUACUGCUUCGAGGUGACCACUGCAUCGGGCACCAAGUGUUUUGCGUGCCGCUCCGCUGCUGAGAGGGACAAAUGGAUCGAGAACCUGCAGCGAGCCAUCAAACCCAACAAGGAUAACAGCCGUCGUGUGGAAAACGUGCUGAAGCUGUGGAUCAUCGAGGCCCGUGAUCUCCCUCCGAAGAAGCGCUAUUACUGCGAGCUGUGUCUGGAUGACAUGCUGUACGCGCGAACCACCAGCAAACCGCGCACAGACACCGUGUUCUGGGGCGAACACUUCGAGUUCAACAACCUGCCGGCCAUCCGCAGCCUCAGACUGCACCUGUACAAGGAGACGGACAAGAAGAGACGCAAGGAGAAGAGCACGUAUCUGGGGCUGGUCACUAUCCCGAUCCCCAGUAUAACGGGCCGUCAUUUCGCGGAGCAGUGGUAUCCGGUCAUCCAGCCCAGCGUUCUGGCUAAAGGCGGCGGCGUGGGCAGCGGGAAGAUCAUCAACGCCUCGCUGCGCCUCAAGUGCCGCUACCAGACCAUGAGCAUCCUUCCCAUGGAGCUGUACAAGGAGUUCGCAGAGUACGUGACCAACAACUACCGGACUCUGUGCGGCGUCCUGGAGCCGCUGCUGAGCGCCAAGAGCAAGGAGGAGGUGGCCUGUGCGCUGGUGCACAUCCUGCAGAGCACCGGCAAAGCCAAGGUCAGCCGCACUCACGCCAGAGAGUUCAUCCGUGCGCUGUACGAGUCGGAGGAGAACUGUGAGGUGGAUCCGAUGCGAACGCCUCCGUCGGUGCUGUCAGAUCAUCAGGCUAACCUGCGCAUGUGCUGUGAACUAGCGCUCUGCAAGAUCAUCAACUCACACUGUGUGUUUCCUCGCGAGCUGAAGGAGGUGUUUGCGUCGUGGCGUGUGCGCUGCGCUGAGCGCGGCCGGGAGGACAUCGCUGACCGUCUCAUCAGCUCGUCUCUCUUCCUGCGCUUCCUGUGUCCCGCCAUCAUGUCCCCGUCUCUGUUCAGUCUGACGCAGGAGUAUCCGUCCGAACGCACCUCUCGAACCCUCACGCUCAUCGCCAAGGUGGUGCAGAGCCUGGCCAGCUUUUCCAAGUUCAGUGGGAAGGAGGACUAUCUGGGCUUCAUGAAUGAGUUCCUGGAGAUGGAGUGGGGCUCCAUGCAGCAGUUCCUGUACGAGAUCUCUAAUCUGGAGUGUGUGAGUAACGCCGGGGCGUUCGAGGGCUACAUCGACCUGGGCCGAGAGCUCUCCAUCCUGCAUAGUCUGCUGUGGGAGGUCAUGGCGCAGCUGAGUAAGGACGCCAUCCUGAAGCUGGGGCCGUUGCCGCGGUUACUGAAUGACAUCAGCGUGGCGCUGAGGAACCCACAGCUGCACCGUCAGGCGAGUCACCAGCCGCCCGAACGCCACCUGACCCGGCCCACCUUCAGCCGCCUCGCCACCAACGACUUCCAGAGCCUCAUGAUGAGAGACCUCAACAGCUCCAUAGAUAUCUCUCGUCUGCCGUCUCCAACAGCCGGUCUCUCCGGCAGCGGCAUUCUCUCUCACCCUGGAAUGGCUGCGUUCUCCGAGCGAGAUCUCCGUGGAAACAAAGACGUCUUCUACGUGACCCGCCCACCUCUCGCACGCUCAAGCCCCGCCUACUGCACGAGCAGCUCUGACAUCACUGAACCAGACCCCAAGGACGCCAUCCUGAAGCUGGGGCCGUUGCCGCGGUUACUGAAUGACAUCAGCGUGGCGCUGAGGAACCCACAGCUGCACCGUCAGGCGAGUCACCAGCCGCCCGAACGCCACCUGACCCGGCCCACCUUCAGCCGCCUCGCCACCAACGACUUCCAGAGCCUCAUGAUGAGAGACCUCAACAGCUCCAUAGAUAUCUCUCGUCUGCCGUCUCCAACAGCCGGUCUCUCCAGCAGCGGCAUUCUCUCUCACCCUGGAAUGGCUGCGUUCUCCGAGCGAGAUCUCCGUGGAAACAAAGACGUCUUCUACGUGACCCGCCCACCUCUCGCACGCUCAAGCCCCGCCUACUGCACGAGCAGCUCUGACAUCACUGAACCAGACCCCAAGGUUCUCAGUGUGAAUAAGAGUGUUUCUAUGAUGGACCUGCAGGACUCUCGCAUCAACAGCGUGUCGAACCUGCACUCGGUGAACGACCUGCUGAACUCGUCUCAGGGGUCUCUCGCUGGCUUCGGUCCGCUGGGUGGCGCCCCCCUCAGGGCCGGAGGGCGUGUUUCGGCCGGCUCGGGCGGCUCCAGCAUGUCGGGCGGUUUGCGUCUGAGUCACUCGGGCGGCCUGACGACGGAUUCUCUGUCCCAGCAGCAGCAGCAGCAGGCGGCCGCCAUGCACGUGCCUCUGUCCUUCCAGAACCCUCUGUUCCACCUGGCAUCCGACGGGCCGCAGUACCACACAGCCGCUCCUCCGCCGCUGCUGCUGGCGCCCGAGCCGGAGAACGGACACGUGGGAUUCGGCGUGCCGUCGUUCGCUCACAGCGGCUUCUCCCGCAGCGAGGACCUGUCGGCCCUGAGGACGCAGAACAGCCUGGUGCAGCCCAACAUCGUGCACUCGCACAGCUACAGCGACGACUACACGCGCCACAACCAGGCCGACUACGCCCGCAGACAGCUCUCGCUGCAGGUGCAGGAGAAUCUCCAGCAGCAGGUUCUGAUGGGCAUCGCCCCGCAGACAGCCACAGGCACCGGCACGCCCGCUUCCCUGGCCACGCCCCCCACCACCAUCCAUCCUGUCCGUCAGGCCUCCAUGGCCCCGCCUCCUCAGCGCAUGAAGCCUCAACCAUCUCACCAGCUGUCUGUCAGCUCGGCUGUCAACUCCACGCCCCCCAAGACCCGCCCCCAGAGCGGGAACCUUCUCCAGUCGCCCGACUCCAGUUUUGGGGGGAGGCAGUUGCCGAGGCAACAGCUGUCGGUGAAGGAUAGCCCCGCCCCCGGCCUGCCACAUCAGUCCAGCACUGCCUCGGAGAGCCCUGCCCCUCAGGGCGGAGCCAGUGAGAGCACAGAAAAUACACCGAGCAGCCAACCAGCAAAACCCACACAGCAAACCAACCAACAGCACCUGCUCAAGCCUACCAUAAACAAACAGGGCUCAAAGUCUCCGUCGACUCUCAAUCCUCCCUCAGCCGCGUCCGAGCGUACGGUGGCCUGGGUGUCCAACAUGCCGCAUCUGUCUGCAGACAUCGAGAGUCUGCGUGUGGAUCGCGAGGAAUUCAAACUGAAGGAGCACUCUAAGAGCAUGGAUGAGUCCCGCCUGGACCGGGUGCGCGAGUACGAGGAUGAGAUCCACUCUCUGAAGGAGCGUCUGAUGAUGUCCCACCGUAAGCUGGAGGAGUACGAGCGCCGGCUGCAUUCGCAGGAGCAGCAGACCAGUAAGAUCCUGCUGCAGUACCAGAGCCGGCUGGACGACAGCGAGAGACGCCUGCGCCACCAGCAGGUGGAGAAAGACUCGCAGAUCAAGGGCAUCAUCAACAGGUUGAUGGUGGUAGAGGAUGAGCUGAGGGGAAGUGGAAUGCCUGACCUCAAAACCAGAAUAUUCACAGAACAGCCGAUUUAUGGUGCCCACUCUGGAACAUGAUUGGCCCGUGCAGGACUAGCGGACCUGUGAUUGGUUGAACCUCAACCCAGGAGUGUCUGAUGAUUGGCUGAGAGAGAAGAGAGAGGCGGAGCCUGAGCAGAACGACCAACUUCAACUUCAGGACGUCUACAAACUCUCUCUCUCUCUCACACACGCUGAGAGUAUAUAUAUGUAUAUAGCUGAUAUAUAACUAUAUAUUCCUCAGGUGUGUCUCUCUCACUCUCUCCUGCUGUCUUUCUCUCUUUCUUCUGAAUUUUUUUGAGCCAAAUGGACGACAAUCAGCAUCUUGAGGCCGAAACAAUCACACCGAUAGCACAAAGAAAAUCGACGCAGACAGACAGACGGAGGGAGAGAGAGAGAUGUCUUUAUUCACUCUCAUUCUCUUCCCAUCAUCCCCUGCCUCUCUUUCUCUCUCUCUCUUUACUGCAGGAGUGUGUGUGUGUGUGUGUGUGUGUGUGGUUUUGAUCAGCUGCAGCCUCAACUUCCUAAUAAUGACUCAAUAACAAAUAUAUUUGUUUGAAAUCUUUUUCAAAUGAUGUUUUGAGGGGCUUGUUACUUUCUGAGCCAAUCAGACGUCGGCGUUCCGCUCAGAACCCCGCCCCUUCCUGUCCCGAGCCGGGGGGGCGGGCUCUCCUCUCCGUGCCUAAAGAACUCCAUCGAGAACAACAGGGCAAAAAAAGACUAGACGAGUGAGUCGGACACUGGGUUUGUUCCAUGAUCACGCGUUGGCUCAUCUCUGACAGAGCCGGUCAUGUGACUCGCUCGCUCCGCAGCGUGGGCCCCAGAGAGGAAGAGCGGUUGGUGGCUUUGCUGUUUUCAGUGGUGGGACGUGGCGGUUCGAUGGUGGAGAGCGAGCGGCCGUGUUCGUUUAGUGCUGAUGUGUGUUUGUGCCAAACGCCCGGAUGACGAGGUUCGCUCAUUUAGACGCAGCCGCCCACUAAAGCUCUCUUCAGACCCUAGCGAGUCGCCGUUCCAGCGUUUCACACAUCCCACAAUGCAGUGCGACUAGAGAGUCGACAGAGAGUCUAAAUGUUUCGAUUGAAAUUGUGACAGAAAUAUAUUACUAUUGUAGAAUAGAAUGUACUUAAUUAAGCACUUAAUUAUUACAACUUUAUUUUUAAGGUAGUAUUUAAAUUUUCUGU